AUGUUCUCGUCUGUCUACGAUGCCAGACAACAUGUAGAGGAACACUUCCCCAAGAAGUCCAGGUGGUUGUCUGCAAGGGCUGAAGGCCUCUACCACCUCGGUCUCAAGUGCCCAGGCCUCGAGAGGGUCGUUGAUGGAUUGGUCGUUGGCACCCAGGUGUGCCAAAACAACACCACCAUCACAUUCGACACCGGGGUUUUCCACCGAGUUCGCCUGCUAAACCACAUUGGGCUGAAAACUAGAUGCGCGCCCUGCGAUGCAAGAUUUAGAUUUAACGAGUUUUUAAGGAACUUUCUUCUAGGGGCAGAGGAUGGGCAGCAAAUAUGCAGCCAUGAGAGCUGUAUCAACUCUGUGUGGGAAGGUUCUAAGUUUUGUAAGGAACACUUCCGCAACUUGAAAAUAGACCCUCUCCUCUUUCCUCGAGCCGAACAGGAGGUGCUGAGAGCUUUAUUCAAGGAAGCGGCGUCUGUGCAAUGGCAUCCGAAGACAGAAGCCAUGGCCAAAAUUCUAAGGAUGAAAUCCGGCAAGUCCACCAUCCCCGCUUCGCAAGUAGUUAACAUUGACCUCGAGUUUGGUUGGGGUUCCCGAGAGGUGUACCAGAUCGGCCUUGCCGAUCUAGAAGCGCGGAAAGUCCUGGAUUGUCUCACCAAAUAUGGUGAGGGAGUAGUCGCGCCUUCUUCGUCACCACUUCCUGCACCGCCAACUUGGGCGCAACUGCAGUACGAACAGAAAGUCAAGGGCUAUUAUACGCAGGAUGGGACUCUUUGUGCAAAGCAGGUCGUCGAAAAACUCGAAAAAAUAGGGAUUUCCGACAACACCAUAUUCCUGUCUUGGGCGAUAUGGGGUUUCGAUCUUUCUUAUUUAAGAGAGUGGUUGCAACAAGAAGGCUUUCAUGACGUUCUCCCCGGGAAUGAGAAUCUCUAUUUGCUUCUCCAAGAGUUCCGUCAUAACCUGAAGGAGACGAUUGGCACCACCUGCUACAAAGGCAAGGGAUUUCCUUUAUCCCUGCCUGUGGUGUUUCCGCUGCUCUUCGGGUAUGACCACGAGCUCGCAGGACGGAAUCAUCAUGCCCUGGUGGAUGCCAAGCAAUUGGCGCUGAUGUGCUUAUUGUUCAUCGAUCUCUGCAAGCCUCCUCACGAGCGGGUUUACUGGCAAGGAUCGGUUGUUAAUAAUCCGGGUAUAGCGGGAAAGAGACAGCGAAACAUAGACGAGUUCUUCUCUCCAAGUCAGAAUAAAAGAGCAAGGCCUAUGUGA